AUGGCUCGUCACUUCCUCCUCAUCACACUCUUCAUCACAACCUCUCUCGCCUCUGGCAUACCUCCUCGACCUCAACCCACCAUCAACAUCACCUCCUCGGAACCCCUCACCCCUCGCUCCAACUACGGCUGGUCCCCCGCCGUCCUCCUCCAAGACAGCAGUGGUAUCUGCCCUCAAUACGCAUACAUCAACUGCCAAUCCAUCAGCGGGCCAGACUACUGCUGUGGCGCUCACACUUAUUGCGCCUACGGUGGCCCAGAAAACCAUAUCGGUUGUUGCGCAGACAAUGCCGUUUGUGAUGGCGAGCCCGGCGUGCCGUAUACCACUGUCUACGUGCCUAGUGCGACUGCAACGACGUGGUGGACGCGUAAGUGCAACUUCUAUGGAUCGCGGAAGUGGGGAGGAGUGCUAAUGGAGAAAUUUAGANNUUCGGGAACCACGGCGACGGGCUUGAUUGGGCCGGCGUACACGGUCACGACGACUACGACAGCCACGCAGUAUGUCACUGGUCCCGCGCCGACUAUUUGCAGUACGUUGUAUGCCAAGGGCGAUGAUUUGCCCACGACGGCUGCUGCACAGUGUGGUCUUGUGCUUGUGUUGAAUGCUGCGCCUGGCAGAGACGUAAAUGGUCUGGGUCUUGCUGCUGGACUUGCUGCGAUGAAUGGGUUAGCGGCUGCUCUGGGAUGGAUGAGAUUGGUAUAA